AUAGCAUAAUGCUCUAAACGAAUUCCUCCAAUCCGCAGGUGGCCACCCCUACAUAAGAAAUGCAAUCCAAGAUAGGGUUUCUCUUGGCAUACACCCGAAGAUGUUCGUCCUCACGGUUCUCCCACAUCUUGUCGUACUCUGCUAGCCACGAAUUCCGAUCAGUUGGUUCACGUACCUGCCGGCGUGCUUUACUUUCAGGCAAAGAUGUGAAUUUAUGCCGUUCCCACUAUGGCGUGUCCUGGCAUUGGGAACGCCGGUUUUGUAGCUACGCAGUCGAGCAGUUCUCGGAUGAUGAAUACGAAUGCGACUAUGAGAGUCAUCUACGAGUAGCAUCAUCAUCUGUGGCCAACAUUGACGAGUGGAAAUGGAAGCUUAGCUUAUUGUUACGCGGCGAGGACCAAGAAGUUGUAUCUAGAGAUAAAAGAGAUAGGCGAGAUUAUGAGCAAAUAUCUAAUCUUGCUAAAAGAAUGGGCCUGUACAGUGAAAUUUACGGGAAAGUAGUAGUCGUAAGCAAAGUUCCUCUCCCCAACUAUAGACCAGAUCUUGAUGAUAAGCGGCCCCAAAGAGAGGUUGUCAUCCCACUAAGUUUACAAAGAAGAGUGGAAGGCUUGCUUCAGGAACAUCUGGACCGGAUCCAGCUUACUUGUGGGAAGUCAGAUGGUAAACCUAGUGAAAGUGCAUCCACUGAUAAGGUUGAAAAUGUAUCCAUGGAUGAAAAUCUGGAUUCUUUCUUAGAUGACUCUGUUAUGGAGAAGGUUCUUCAGAGGCGAAGCUUGCGCAUGCGCAAUUUGCAGAGAGCAUGGCAGGAGUCACCCGAAGGCCAAGAAAUGAUGGGUUUUCGAAAAUCUCUUCCAUCAUAUAAGGAGAAAGAAAGGAUGCUUCAAGCAAUUGCUUGCAAUCAGGUUGUGGUCAUUUCUGGUGAGACUGGAUGUGGUAAGACUACCCAACUCCCUCAAUACAUAUUGGAAUCUGAAAUUGAAUCUGGUCGUGGUGCAUUCUGUAGCAUAAUUUGUACACAGCCUCGAAGAAUAUCUGCAAUGGCAGUUGCAGAAAGAGUGGCUACAGAGAGGGGUGAACUUCUUGGAGAUUCAGUUGGUUAUAAAGUGCGAUUGGAGGGGGUGAAAGGGAAAAAUACACAUCUUCUCUUUUGCACUAGUGGUGUUUUGCUCCGACGGCUUUUGAGUGACCACAAUCUUGAUGGAAUUACUCAUGUCUUUGUUGAUGAGAUUCAUGAGCGAGGCAUGAAUGAAGACUUCCUAUUGAUUGUGCUGAAGGAUCUUCUUGCAAGACGUCAGGAUUUGAGACUGAUUUUAAUGAGUGCCACUCUUAAUGCUGAUUUAUUUUCUAGUUAUUUUGGAGGAGCACCAACAUUUCACAUUCCAGGCUUCACAUACCCGGUAAGAGUUCAUUUUCUGGAAGAUGUAUUGGAAAUGACUGGGUAUAAGCUGACUUCAUUCAAUCAAAUUGAUGACUAUGGCCAAGAUAAGAUGUGGAAAACACAGAAACAGCUAGCACCUCGUAAAAAGAAAAACCAGAUUACUGGGCUUGUUGAGGAUGCUCUAAAUAGAUCAAACUUUGACAGCUAUAGUGCCAGGGCACGGGAUUCCCUGGCAUGCUGGUCUCCUGAUUCUGUUGGAUUUAAUCUGAUUGAGGCUGUGCUGUGUCAUAUAUGUCGUAAGGAAAGACCAGGAGCUGUGUUAGUAUUCAUGACUGGGUGGGAAGAUAUUAGCUGUUUGAGGGACCAACUUAAAGCUCAUCCCCUAUUGGGCGAUCCCAACAGGGUAUUUGUGCUUCCAUGCCACGGCUCAAUGGCAACCUCAGAGCAGAAACUUAUAUUUGAGAGGCCUCCUCAAAAUGUUCGGAAAAUUGUACUGGCUACAAAUAUGGCCGAGGCAAGUAUUACCAUCAAUGAUAUAGUGUUCGUAGUUGAUUGUGGAAAAGCAAAGGAGACGUCUUAUGAUGCCCUGAAUAAUACACCUUGUUUACUACCAUCAUGGAUAUCUCAAGCCUCUGCUAGACAGAGAAGGGGUAGGGCUGGUCGUGUGCAGCCUGGCGAGUGCUACCACUUAUAUCCACGAUGUGUUUAUGAAGCUUUUGCUGAGUAUCAAUUACCUGAACUUCUAAGAACUCCUCUAAAUUCACUUUGCCUGCAAAUAAAGAGUUUGCAAGUUGGAAUUAUUGCUGAAUUUCUGUCUGCGGCUCUUCAACCACCAGAGCCAUUGGCUGUGCAAAAUGCUAUCGAGUUUUUGAAGAUGAUUGGUGCAUUAGAUGAACACGAAAAUCUUACGCAUCUCGGAAAAUAUUUAUCGGUGCUUCCUGUGGACCCCAAGCUGGGGAAAAUGCUAGUAAUGGGUGCUAUUUUCUGUUGCUUUGAUCCCAUAUUGACCAUUGUUGCUGGCCUCAGUGUCAGGGAUCCUUUUCUUUUGCCUCAGGAUAAGAAGGAUGUAAGUGUACUGCUUUUUGUGGUAAUCUUUGUUUCCAAGGUGUGAUCAACUGUUGUAACUUUUUUUGACUUUUUUUUGACAAACAAAUAGUUAAAUUUAGAAAAGAUUAUAGUUGUUUUGUAAGUGGAGAGCAGAAGCAUCCAGUCCGUAACAGUGCGAAGACCUGCAACAUUCAUUUUCCACGAUCCAGGAGACCUGUUCCG